CCCCGGCCACCGCAAGUUGCGCGGCUACGUCCGCUUCUCUUCAACCUAGACACGGGAACCUUCGUCCGCGUCAAGCUACCGCUGUUCAACAGCCACUGCGCUCUCGACUCGGUCGACGGCCCCCUCCUCCUCCAGAGGGACGAGGACACCGGCAUCCGCCUCGUCCACCCGUUCACCGGCGACAUCGCUGAGCUCCCACCACUCGCCACCCUGCUCGCGCAGCUAAAGAACGACCCAUCGGUCCCUCGUGGUUCUGAUCCUUACUGGUGGUGGUCCUUCAUCAGAUACUGCGUCUGUGCUACCGUGUCCUGCAGUGCCGGAGCCAUCACCGUGAUGCUCGUGUUCCGUCAUCUGCGACGUGUUAGCCUUUGCUACCUCCGAGGACCGGCAAUGGGCAAUGCCAAGCUGGGAAAUCCCAGUAAACAUCGCACCCUUGUCGCUCCAAGGCAAGCUAUACUUGGUGCAAUUUCCUUGCGCUAAUGGCUCGCUGGUCUUCCAGAUGGAGGUUGGUUCGCCGCCGCUGCCGCCAAAGAUGAUUGCCACAUGCCCAGCAAAUAAGCUCUACGGCGGCUACCACCUUGUAGAAUGCGACUCGCAGAUCCUGCUUGCCGGGUAUACCGACAGCUCCAUGUCUCACAUUUUGAUCUACAAGCUCGAGGACCUCAUCUUGGAGAGGUUUGUCCCGGUAACAAGCAUCGGAGACCGAGCCCUCUUCCUUGAAGAUCGGAGCCUGAGCGUCUCCUCCAAGGCACUGCCAACCAUCAUCGCUGAGACAGUUGUGUAUACAUGUCCACUCAACCGUUGUUUUGCGCAAUACCGUCUCACUACCGGUGCUUGGUCUCAGCCAUUCGAUGGAUAUAGUGAUGGGUUUAACCCAGGUCCUUAUAGCCUCAUGCAACAUGUCAUUAGCUGCUGCAUUCGCAAUGUUUGGAACAAAGGGCUGGUAUAUUCUGAAGGAAACCAAAAAGCCUGGAUGGCUUUGUUGGAAGGUGAAGAGAAAGCUUCGCAUUUGGGUAAAUCUUACUCACAAUUAAUCCUCAGUCUUUUGAUACUAACAACAUGAUAGUUUUAGUUACACCUCUGCUGUUUUUUCUCUUAUAGUAAUAAAUAACCAGCCAGCCAGCCAGCCACAAUAGUUUAUGCCCUCGAUCAAACCCAAACUGUAAAAAACCUCGACAGUCAGAAACUCAGAAUACUCCCAGUUCACAAGCAGCUCUGAAGAGGUGUUUGUGCUACUUACAAUCCCAUUGUUUUCUGUACAGAUGCUAUACACCAUUGAUAUUUGCACACCUCUUUUAAAAUAUUUUCUGCACAAUAAAUCAAUUGUCCACUGCCCACUGGUACUUACUUUAUGCAAUUUGACUUGGAUAUUUUCAGCUAGCAAUUUAGAAACUGCAAAUGAUAUCUCAUUAUAGAACUUGUAAUCACGUGGAAGUUUAUUUUGUGCCUUUGGUAGCUUAUUUUGUUGUUCUAUUUGUUGGGCACACGAAG